AUGAUGAAAGCGACAAUCGAGAGUACUGAAGGACAUGUGGGAGAAGUUGUUAUUGAGAGAAAUGAUUUGACUACACUUCCUCCUACAACUGAAGCUCCAACUACUGUUACUCCCACUACUGAAGAUCCCACGACACUUCCUCCAACUACGGAGGCUCCCACCACUGAAGCUCCCACCACUGAAGCUCCGACCACUACUGUGACUCCAACUACUGAAGCUCCGACCACUACUGAAGCUCCCACUACUGAAAUUCCCUUGCCAUCUUGCCCUGAAGGACUCGUUGCUUACAGAAUUGUCAGAGAAUAUGGAGCAAAUCCCUUAUCUUCCGAAACCUUGACAUUCUAUUAUGGUACCGGAAGUGUUGAAUUCUUAAACGUUACUUACAUCGGAAAUACUACUGACAUCCUGACUGAUUGCAUGAAACCUCAAUUAUUAAUCAUCGAAUUGAGAGGAGCUACAGGUGGCUGGAACGACGAUUCCUAUUUUACGAUUCAAAGUGCAUUUGGAGUGAGCGAAAAAGUCACGCUGCAAGGAUCGUCAUCCAAUAGCCUGUACUUCCACCAUUCUUAUGGAUUUAUUUCAUUCACUGAGGUAACGAGCUGUGAGGAAUUCAAUGCAUUGCCAGAUACUGUGAAUAUGGUUCAUGUAAUGGAUAACGCUUGUAAUGAUCCAGCUAUUGUGGAAUUCUCAACAUCCCGAUUCUCUGAUUUAAUAUAUCUAUGGAUAGGAGAUGAAGACUUUAUGUAUGUUAAAACAUUCAAUGCUCAAAACAAUUCAAAUCUGCAAUAUCUCCACAUUCAAAUGAAUAGUUUUACUGAGAGAAAGAAUGCUGUUGGAGAUGAUAAAUCGAAAUCAUUCCACAUUUUGAAUUGUGAAUCAUUGGAAUCCAUUCAAAUUGGAGAUAGGAGUUUCAGUGAUUUUGCUGGAGUCUUUGAGGUGAAGAAUCUACCACAAUUACAAUCCAUUCAAAUUGGUGCAAUUGGAAGUGGUUCAUGCAAUUUCUAUUUCAAUUCGUUUGUGAUUCGAGGUAUUGAACUGAUAUUGAAUAUUUGA